AUGGGGAUAACCAAACACCGGGGUGUUUCUGGGACCUCCGUGGCCACGGUUGUGCCGAGCAUGCGCCGUGGUACCCGAACCCACUUCCUUUCUUCUGCCGUUAUUCGCUCACUGGCAUCCGGCAUCGUGCUGGUGAUGAUGGUGGGGCUGGGACGGAGCUGGGGCGCUGCCGGGGCAGAGAGGAAGGAUGGAGAGCGGCCGUCACGGCAAGGGAUGGGGGACGAUGUGCCUCUGAGCCGCGUCCUCCCCCCAGCGCCCUGUGCCAGGGUGAUGGGCUCUGGCUUCCGCUCCCGUCCUCGCGGCUCCCCGCUCCCCGGCGCGGCAAAGCCCCGGCGCGGCCUCGCUGCCUGGUCCCUUGCCGGGCUGCUCCUGGCUUUGUGCGGACCACCCACCAACUCCUUCGAGGUGACGGUGGAGGGGACCUCCUCGGAGGUGGGCUACGGUGGGACGGUGCUGCUGAACUGCUCCAGCAGCUGCCCCGAGGCCGGGGCACCCGGGGGGCUGGAGACCUCCCUCAGCAAGGAGUGGGUGGGCCGGGGGCCGGGCUGGCUGAGCAUCCGGCUCUACAACAUCACCGAGCCCCUCUCCGACAUUUUCUGCUACUUCUCCUGCUUUGGAGAAAGGAAGAUGGCGACUUUUAGGGUGCUGGCUUACGACUUCCCCCAGCCUCACCUGGUCAUCAGCAAGCCCAACGCCUCCUGCAACGAGCCGGUGGCCAUCGAGUGCUCCUCGGCACCCAGCUGGCCCCCGGGGCUGAAGCUGCAGCUCCGCGGGGGCCGCUGGGCCCCGCAGCCCUGGACGGAGGGUCCCUCGGUCUGGCAGCUGAUGGUCAGUGAAGACGACGACGGGGCCGAGUUCGUCUGCGACGCGCAGCUCGGCGUGGGCAACGAGACUCUGCAGAAGAGCUCGGCCACGGCCACGCUGCACGUCACGUGCGGACCGUGGAUGGACGACGGGAGCUGCCCCCCCAGCCAGAACUGGACGGAGGGGCAGGAUGAGACCCUGCGCUGCUCGGCACGGGGCAAGCCCUCGCCCAGCCUGGAGUGCACCAAGAACAGCGAGCCCUUCCCCACCGGGGUGCCGCAGCCGGUCACCCGCGCCCACGCCGGCAUCUACCAGUGCCGGGCCACCAACCCGCUGGGUACAGCCGUCCGGAACGUCACCGUGUGGGUGGACUACCGUGACCCCGACGUGGUGCUCCUGGUGCUGCUGCCAGCGGUGGUGCUGGCCGCCCUGAUCGCCGGCGGGAUGGGCUACCGCAUUUACUACCACAAGAAGAAAAUCCGGGAGUACCGGCUGCAGGAGCGGCAGAAGCAGCUGGAGAUGGAGCAGCGGCGGACAGCGGGAUGCUCAGAGGAGACGGCCGCGCUCAACGGUUCGGCGCAGGAGGCUCAACCGUAGCCGGGCAGAGGCGGCGGAGGGGCCGGCAGCCCCCUGCCCGUCCCACUCCCCUGCCCGUGGGCAAGCGCCCCGGCAAGGGCUGAGCGCCGUGGCUGCCGGCUCCCUCCGAGUGAUGUGACGGUGACAUCGGGGACAGGGUGGGAGCCGCAGUGGGAUGGUGGACACUACGGUGAGACGGCGCCGGCCGCCACUGUUGCCACAGGAACAUAACAUCAUGGAGAUGCUCCAUUUUUCUCUGAACUUUAUCCCUUGGGAGACCCGAAGCCGGUGACAGCGGGGCCAGGCAUCUUGGUGCCCCGUGGGGAGCGUCCGGGCUGAAUCCCAGGAUUUCGGUGCCGGGGCCGCGUUGCCACCAUUGCUGGCGGGAGGGCGAGGAGCUGGAAUGGAGCGAGUUGCAGCCACCGGAGAGGCUGGAAGAUGCUGUCACGACAUGGUG